UACUUUUGAGUCAGAGCGUCUACGAAAGAAGCCAAAGAAAAAAGUCGGUCCGCCUUGGUGAGUGGGGUUUUUCUGAGGGAGUCCUGAGCAAUUCUUUCUUCAACAACAUGGAAGGACCUCCAGCUGCUUGCUGUGGGUUGGGAGCAAGACGGAACAAUUCCCAACUGCCCAAAAGAAGAAUCGCCAUCAUUGGACAAACUGGAGCAGGGAAAAGCAGCCUUGGAAACACCAUAUUUAAAGAGAAGAAGUUCAACGUCAACCACGACAAGGAUCCUGGGAUGAGAGGAUGUGAAGCAAAGACCAAACGUGUUGGUGGGAGAGAAAUCACUCUGAUCGAUAUGCCUGAUUUAUUUGAUCCAGAGAAAGAUGAGAAAGAGCUGAAGGCUGAGUUGCUGAAAGGAAUCACAGAGUGUUCGCCUGGGCCUCACGCUUUCCUCAUCGUGCUCAACGUGGAGAAAUCUACAGACAAAGACAACGACAUCGUCAGCAAAAUGAAUGAGCACUUCUCCGAGGAAGUGCUUAAAUAUUCAACGGUUGUCUUUACUCACGGUGAUCGGCUCCCGAGACGGCAACAAAUCCAAGGGUUUGUGAAGGAAAACAAGUUCCUUGGCGAAUUAGUAGAAAAGUGUGGGAAUCGCUGCCACAUCGUAGACAACGAACGCUGGAACAAGCGAUCGAAGUACAGAUACAGGAGCAACCGGUAUCAGGUGAAGAAACUGCUCAAGUCAAUAGAGGAGACGGUGGAAGAAAACGACGGGAGCUUCUACACCAAUGCCAUGCUGCAGAAAAUAGAGGAGCGUAUUAAAGAAGAAGAAGAACGCAUCGCAAAGUCUUCCAGAAACAUACCAGAGGAAAAAAUCAGAGAGACGGCUAAAGAAAGGACGUUUGAUGAUUUCUUAAACAGGCUGGCAGGCAUCACUAUUGGUGCUCUGUUAGGAGCUGCUUUUGGUUCAGCAGCAGCUGUGUCAGUGGUUGUUGCAUUGCUGGCAGCAACUGUUAGAGUCAUCGCCUCUGCAACCAAAUCAUGGAGUGCAACGUUUACAAAACCGGCUUUAGAUGCAAAAGUAAGUGCAGCACCAGACAAAACAGGGAAAGCAGAAAAAGAAGCAAACUUAGCGGCAGAAACAGGAGAACCAACAACAGCAACGGCGGAGAAAGUGACAACAGCAGAAGAGGGAAAAGCAGCAGAAGUAGCUGGAAAAAUCGGAGCAGCAUCUUCACAAAUAGGUGGAGCUUUAAGACGAGUAGUGGGUGCGUCUACAGCAGUGGGAGCGUUUUGGGGGGGCGUGACAGGAUAUAAGGCAGCAGAAAAUGCAAAAACUCCGUGGGAAGCAGCAGAGAAGGCGGCUCAGGCUGUGUCAUCUUCAGGAUUCACAGCGAUAGAGAAAUCUCAGAAUCUGGCAUCAGAUCUUGUUAAAGCAGUGGCUAAACCAUUGACCAAAGACUCUUAAAGGAACAGGGAGCAAAUAAACAAUAUAGUUCUAUACUGAUCAAAAACUAGUUGAGGAAUUGUGAUUUUUAAAGGGAUUUUGUGUAAAAUAACCAUUACAGUUCCAAACAAAUGUAAAUAGUCAGCGUUACAAAUUUUACACAACCUCUUGUAUUGAACGAUGAAAUGAAUUCACAUUUAAUGUGAAAUCAGUUGCCACAAAUUUACAUUUGAAUAAUUGAAUAAGAUAAUUAAUGAAUUAACUGUUUAGUAAAUUAUUUAAACAUUUAUUUAGUUCAUAAUUAUGGUACAUUUAACUGAUGACACGAUGAUAUUAGUAUAUGUUAAUUUAAUUUUGUCCCUUUUAGCCCUCCGUAGAAGAUAGCACUUCACACAAUAGCAAAAGAAAUCUACGUAAAUAUUGAGUUCCAAUAAACAAUAUGCAGAUCAUAAUGUUUCUUUAUCGUUGCAGAUCAGAUGUAUACAGCUGUAAAAAAUGUGUGUAGGUUUAACAUAAUUUUAUUUACUGUAAUACAUCAGAACCUGUCAAAGCUAUGACAUCAUCAGGUUGUAUUUUAUGAAUGUUUGAAUGGAUUAUGCUUUUUUUAAUUUUAAUGAAUGUUAAAAACACUUUGAAAGAUUACCCUGACAUUUAGGAGAUAGUAAAUUACCUUAAACUGAAAAUGUUUAGUAAGCUUUAAUGUUAGACACUGACAAAAAAAAGUGUCUGUUUUUUUAAAGUGAAUCCGGCUCUUAAAGGAACAGGGAGUUUAAACACCAAAUGAAUAAAAAAAAUGAAGUGAAAGACA